CAUGAAGGUCAGGCAGGCAUGAUCGCAGAUUUGUGCUUCUAAAAUUUCAAAUUUCUUGACGGAGUUUGUACGAUAAUACCGAGUCUUGAAGAACAAUAUGUCCGUCAUCUCUCCAUUUGAAGACCGAAUGGAAGAAAUGAGAUCGGACGUAAGCAAUCCGCCUACAGAAAUGAGAAACCUAAAUGAAAAAAUGCCAUUCUUCAUGAUUCCAUGUUCUAAUUCGAAUUCUCCCCCAUCACUUAACUCAUUGAUUGGAGCUGUUCGACGAGGCAUUCUUAUGACGGAGCGAUAUCUUGGAAAGGCAAAGAAUGAGGACCUCAGUAUAACAGACAUUGAUGACUUCGGAAGAAAUAUAUUUCAUCUUAGUGUUCAAAGAGAAGAGCUACUGAAAAUUCUUUUAAAACAUUUUGAGGAGCAUGAGCAACUCAUGGAAGCUCUCCACAGUGAGGAUAUAAAUGGUCACACUCCGGCUCAUGUUGCUGUGUUGCACAAUAAAAGAGAGAGCCUACAAAUUCUUGCCAGUGCGGAUGAGAAUAUUUACACUCUUCGUAGUUCAAAGAAAGGACAGACAUUGAUCCAUUGUGCAGUUUAUUCGUGCAAUCCAUAUAUCGUAGAAGAUAUUCUUUCGGCUCGACCUGAAUCCCUCUUUGAUAAAGAUGAUGGAGGAAAAUCACCGCAGCAUUACGCCGCUGCUCUUGAGGAAUGCUUUCUAUUGGACUUUCUCCUCUCGCAGGGCGCAAACAUUUUGGAAACUGAUAACAACAUGUCAACAUUGCUUCACGAAGCUGCUUACGCUGGGUCUAUAUCCAACGUUAAACUGCUGAGUUUCGAUGAAGUCACUCUGUUACUUGCAACCGACUCGGGAGAGAGAACACCAUUACAUGUUGCCUGUGCCAAAGGUUUUCGAAGUAUUGUCUCAUUUCUACUGGAAAAUGGUGCUGAUCCACUUUUAAGAACUACCGGUGGUGAAAGCUGUCUGGAAAUUGCUGUCAUCCACAAACAAGAGCACAUAGUUAAUGAGCUACUGCUGAGUGCCGACUGGAAAAACCUCGUUUGUGAUUGGAAGAAUGGAGCGAAGAAAUGCUUUGCGUACCUUAUUGAGAAAAUGCCGGAUCAAGCGAAGCUAUUGCUAGAUCGUUGUGUUGCGACUAGUGAUCACAAGCAAAAUUCUCAUGACUACAAUAUUAGCUACGACUUUUUUCUUUUUCAUAGUCCAGGUUCUAAUCCACCUGCAUUUCAUGCACUCCAAGCAAUCCUCAAAAAUAACGAAGAGAAGUGCUUGACUCACAAGCUUUGCAGGAAAUAUUUGAGUGUUAAAUGGCGAGAGAAAGGUUGCUAUAUAUUUUUGAUCGAUUUGAUCCUUUUUGUAUGUUUUCACAUCUUGUUCAAUGCCUAUGUCGCUCUAGUCCGCGGUGGUAUUGCUAAAAAGAUGCUUCAAAAUCACGAGAAUGGUACAAUAUCAGAGAAAUAUCCAGAGCCUGUUGCAAACCCUAAAGACACUGGACCACUUAUUGCUACCUCUAUUAUUUUUACCUUAACAAUAUUCAACGUUCUCAAAGAAUUUGUGCAGAUGUGUUCGUUUGGCUGGAACUAUUUCAAGCAACCGUCAAACUACUUUGAAUGGACUUUGUUUUUGUUCGUUUUGUAUUUCAUUUUUCCAAUCACAGCAUCCAAGACCGAAAAUCAGUUUGGCGCAGCAGCAAUUGCAAUUUGCAUUUCUUGGUUUGAUCUCAUCUGGUUCUUACGAAGAAUUCCUGACAUCGGCACUUAUAUUUUAACAAUACAGAAGACGAUGAAAACUUUAUUGAAGAUGCUCCUAAUAAUUUUGCUGUUUUGUAUGGCAUAUGCAUCAACGUUUUACCUACUGCUGGCUGAAAGAGAACGAUUCAAAAACUUUCCUAUCGCUAUCCUUAGUACGUUUGUUUCGAUGCUUGGUGACUUUGGUUACGAUGAUCUAUUCCUGAACAUUGGUUAUUACAAGACUUUUCAUUCUUUUAAACUUUUCAUGUUUGUUAUUUUCAUACUGUUGAUGGUGAUCGUUAUAAAUAAUGUGUUGAUUGGCUUAGCUGUCGGAGAUACCCAGGACGUGAUAAAAAAGGCAACGGUGCAAAGGCUUAGACAACAUAUGAAAUUCAUGAUGGCAGUAGAAUAUUCGCUGUUUACUCGAUUGCCUUGUUUCCGUCGAAGGAAACAUGCAAUUGUGUACACGGAAUAUCCAAAUCACAAAAAAUCCUUCACGGAUAAUUUGAAUCGAUUUUUUGCCGGAGAAAUGAACACUUUCUACAAUGAUGAGGAAAGCGACGAUGAAGUUGAACGUGACACUCUCACACGGCAGCAGCUCGAGGAAGUUUUGAAAGUUAGAUUUGAGGAGCAUCACAAGAAAAUAAUGAAAGAAAUUAGUGAUUUUCAUUCGGAAGUGUUGGAAAAAGUGGUCGAGGUGGUUAAUGACCGCAAAAAUGCUUGAGUUGAGUACUAUAUAAAGGCUAUUGUGUCAAACCAUUUUUAUUUGGUCAAACCAAAUUAUUAUACUACCAGAUCGUGUUUUUUUACUGACGCCAUUUCACAAAAUAAUCGCCAUCCGACAUAAUGUAAACAGCACGUCUAAUCGCGCAACCAUUGCGAAUAAAAGUUAUCGCUAUCGCUUUUAUCGUGAUAAAACAAUAGUGGAAACCAGGCUUAAUGAGCUACAGUAACUCCCUCCCAUGUUUUUCAUGUGCAUAUAAAAGCGUAUUAGGACUAACUCCCUUGGUAAGAUAAAUUAGCCGACACAGAAAUGCCCUACUUAGUACGACGACCAUGCAUGCAAAAUUUAAUAAAACAAUUAAAGACUGAAUUUCUUUUAAUGUGGCCUUUUUCUUUUUAAGUAAUUUUCCGAGAAGAAUGCAUGUUUUGAGGAUUUUGUAAACUAAAUAGUAACAAACUUCCCAGUACUUUUCUAUAUGUUAACAGAGUUUUUCUACCCUCUCUCCGUUCCUCCCUUAUUAACAUAUCUCCUAUUUACAAUAAAAACUACAAAAUAACUAAAAGCAAUAAAAUUAUUAUUCCCUUGUAUAAAUAACUCCUUUAUGGAGUAUUGAGAUCAAUGUGCAAAUAACAGGUGAUAAGUAAAUUGUUAUCAUAAUUAUUUACUAUAGAAUUUUAUUUGCUCAGGAGAGUUUAGCAACCGCACCUCGUGCAAAUUUUGAACGUUAGAGUUUUCAUAGACUCCACAGCCUGAAAGGGAAGAAUCUGUGUUAAUAAAAACAUCAGGUAUA